AUGACAGGAAGUCAUCUUCCUUCAAUACUGGAAAUUUGCAAGAUUUUAAUGGAUCGAGGAUAUAAUGUAACAUUAAUAGCGCCAGUAAACUAUACAGCGCAAUCCCUCUCAUACCGUUCAAUUCCACAAAUUAUCUUUGAUCCCGAAGAAUUGGGUUUUAACAGUAAUGCUAGCGCAGAGAUAAAAAACAUAUUGCCUGAUGAUGAACUAAUGAGCUCAUUUAAAUCUUUUCAUAAAAUUACUGUUUCUUCUUAUUUGCCUCUUUAUAAAAUCUACAAAGAAACUGCAAAAGAGGUCAAUGUUGAUUUAUUUUUUUGCGAUCAUUUCUUUAACAAUCCGUGCUAUGAUCUUGCCUGGAAAUUAGGCAAGCCUGCU